AUGAGCGGCUUCCGGUUCUUGUCGCUCGUGCGGCCUUUCAUGUCCGUCCUGCCCGAGGUAGCGGCACCGGAACGUAAAGUGCCCUUCGAGAGCCGAGUUAUGUGGACCGCCAUCGUCCUCGCCAUCUUCCUCGUCUCUUCGCAGAUCCCCCUCUACGGUAUUGUCUCGAGUGACAGCUCCGACCCGCUCUACUGGAUGCGCGUCAUUCUCGCCUCGAACCGAGGUACGCUCAUGGAACUCGGUAUCUCGCCCAUCGUCACCUCCGGCAUGAUCAUGCAGCUCCUCGCCGGCGCCAACCUCGUCGAAGUCGACUUCAGCCUCAAGGAGGACCGUGCCCUUUUCGGUGGUGCGCAGAAGCUGUUUGCUCUCAUCAUCUCGCUCGGCCAGGCCACCGUCUACGUGCUCACCGGUCUCUACGGACAGCCCAAGGACCUCGGUGCUGGUGUCUGUCUGCUUCUCAUCCUCCAGCUCGUUGUUGCCGGAUUGAUCGUCAUUCUCCUCGACGAGCUUCUGCAGAAGGGCUACGGUCUCGGCUCCGGUAUCUCGCUCUUCAUCGCUACCAACAUUUGCGAGUCGAUCGUGUGGAAGGCCUUCUCACCGACUACGGUCAACACCGGUCGCGGUCCCGAAUUUGAGGGUGCCCUCGUCGCCCUCUUCCACCUGCUCUUUACCUGGAACGACAAGUCGCGUGCGCUCAAGGAGGCGCUGUACCGCGACCGUCUGCCCAACGUCAUGAACCUGCUCGCGACGCUGCUCAUCUUCCUCGUCGUCAUCUACCUGCAGGGUUUCCGCAUCGAGAUCCCCGUCAAGUCGAACCGCUUCCGUGGUCAGCGCGGCACCUACCCCGUCAAGCUCUUCUACACCUCCAACAUGCCCAUCAUGCUCGAAUCGGCGCUCACGUCGAACGUGUUCAUCAUCAGCCAGAUGCUCGCCUCGCGCUUCCCGCGCAACCUCUUCGUCAAGCUGCUCGGUGUGUGGGAGCCGUUGGAAGACUCUGCGCAGUUGCACGCCACGGGGGGCAUCGCAUACUACAUGUCGGCUCCGCACAGCUUCAAGGAGGUCGUGGGCGAUCCGAUCCACACGGCCAUCUACAUUGCGUUUACCCUCACGGCUUGUGCGCUGUUCAGCAAGACGUGGAUCGAGGUGAGCGGUUCCGGACCGAGGGAGGUCGCCAAGCAGCUCAAGGACAAUCAGAUGGUCAUGGCCGGUCAUCGCGAUGCCAGCAUGUACAAGGAGCUCAAGCGUGUCAUUCCGACGGCUGCUGCGUUCGGCGGUGCUACGAUCGGCGCGCUCUCGGUGUGCGCUGACCUCAUCGGCGCUUUCGGCAGCGGUACCGGUAUUCUGUUGGCCGUGACGAUCAUCUACUCGUACUUCGAGAUUGGCAUGCGCGAGGCGGGCGGUCCGGAGAUGGCUGCUAUGGGCGACCUCUUUGGUUGA